AUCAAAGCCACAGGCACAUGACCGGUCACGUGAUUCUCCUCUGAUUUAAAGGUCAGAACUGAACGGGUCUGGAAAAACACUUUUCCAGGUGCUUUAGGAGAAGUGGACCUGGAACAAGUGUGUUGUAACUGGUCUUCUGCACGUCUGACAAGCGGAUAACCGGAAGUGAUGUGGCGUGUGAUAUUUUUAGCGCUGGUGUCUGGGCUGUCAAUCAGCUGGGCCCGGCCCCGCCUACCUCCGCUCUCCCACCAGAUGGUGGACUACAUCAACAAGGCCAACACUACAUGGAAGGCUGGUCACAACUUCCAUAAUGUGGACUACAGCUACGUUAAGAGACUGUGUGGAACCGUGCUUAAAGGAGCCAAACUGCCCACCAUGCUGCAGUAUGCAGGGGAUGUGGAGCUGCCUGACACCUUUGACCCUAGACAGCAGUGGCCCAACUGUCCCACUCUGAAGGAGAUCCGGGACCAGGGCUCCUGUGGCAGCUGCUGGGCGUUUGGCGCUGCGGAGGCCAUCUCGGACCGUGUGUGUAUCCAUAGCAACGCCAAGGUCAGCGUAGAGAUCUCCUCUGAAGACCUGCUCAGCUGCUGUGACAGCUGUGGCAUGGGUUGUAAUGGUGGUUAUCCCUCUGCUGCGUGGGACUUCUGGACUACAGAGGGACUGGUCACUGGAGGACUCUACGACUCUAACGUUGGAUGCAGGCCCUACUCCAUCCCUCCCUGUGAGCACCAUGUUAACGGCACACGACCCCCCUGUACAGGAGAGGAGGGUGACACCCCACAAUGUACCAACCAGUGUGAGACUGGAUACACGCCUGGCUACAAGCAGGAUAAACACUUCGGUAAGAGCUCGUACAGUUUGCCCUCUGAAGAGCAGCAGAUCAUGACUGAGCUCCUGAAGAACGGACCUGUGGAAGGAGCUUUCACUGUCUAUGAAGACUUCCUGCUCUACAAGUCUGGUGUGUAUCAGCAUGUCUCUGGCAGUGCAGUAGGAGGCCAUGCCAUUAAGGUCCUGGGCUGGGGAGAGGAGGGGGGGACUCCUUACUGGCUGGCUGCCAACUCCUGGAACACUGACUGGGGAGAGAAUGGUUUCUUUAAGAUCCUGAGAGGUAAGGACCACUGUGGCAUCGAGUCUGAGAUGGUGGCUGGUGUCCCUUUGUAACCACGACAACGGUAACCAUGAAGUGAUUUCAGAGACUGCUGCAGGUGUACCAGUCCUCCUCUCCACUGGCCUUUACACUGGUUCUAAUUCCCAGUCAACCCCUAACCCCGCUAGGCACCUCUUUAGUUCCAAAUAAUUGGUUUAGAAAAUGCUACCCUGUCUGAGGGAAAGGCCGGAGCUACUACCAUGUAGCUUCUAUGGGUCCUACUACCGUAUAGCUCAUACCCGUUCCUGAUUCUCAUCAGAUCUCAGAGUUGUGUAAGAGGAGUGCCAAGGGGUUGACUUGGAACUGGGUAUAUGUGAACCAUGGCUUCGUCUUUAGUUAAAUGUGUUCUUCCUGGUGUCUCAAUCUGUAGUGGUUUCUUCCACCUCAAAUCCACUCUGUCAGCUCCACCUCAAAUCCACUCUGUCAGCUCCACCUCAAAUCCACUCUGUCAGCUCCACCUCAAAUCCACUCUGUCAGCUCCACCUCAAAUCCACUCUGUCAGCUCCACCUCAAAUCCACUCUGUCAGCUCCACCUCAAAUCCACUCUGUCAGCUCCACCUCAAAUCCACUCUGUCAGCUCCACUGAUGUGAAUGCAGGAUGGGUGAAAAGUACCUGUGCAGAAUGAGAGGAAGCUACAGUAGACUAUUGAGACCCCCCCCCCACAGUGGGAGACUCAGUAGAGGUCCAUUUUGCUUCCUGUUUGAGUGGUCACAAGCUGUGCUAAAAAGUCCUCUCCCUGUAGUUCACAACAAUCACACCAAUUUAAAAAUGUAUGAUGCUUUAAACUUUUUAAAACUGUAUUUUUUUUAAUUCGAUGUGAUCACUGAUGGCAUUGUGCACAUUUAGUUUUUAAAUUGUAUUAUAAGGGAAGCGAGAGUGGUUUUGUACUGAUGGGAUUGUUUUAUUUGAAUGCUUUGUCUUUAAUGCUUCUCUGUUCUGAUCAAGUGUUCUGGAAUGAUUGUAUUGAGUUGCAUUAAAUAAAAGUCAACCAAUAUGUUUAA